AGGAACUUUUAUGCCUCUGAGCCCCCACUACUGUCCUCAUCCACCCCCCUCAUCCGUGUGCAUUGUAGCCCAGCCCUGAGCCAUGUGGCCAAACUCCCAGGCUUCACAGAGACCAGAGAAGAGGGCUGCAGUUGCUAAGUGCUGAUCUCCUUCUAUCUUUACCAGCACAACCAUGAGUGGUGAGACACGGAGCUAUCCUGGGAAAUUACCCUGCCGACAGACGGCACAUUGAGACUUCGUUAGCACAGUCACCCGACCUAGUGCCUCUCCAGCCUGAUCGAACAGAGCAGCUCUCCAUGACAGAGUAAAUAAAGCAGAAUCGCAGGGAUGAUGAAGAAAGUUUUUUUUUUUCCAAGCAUUGAAGAAUGUCUAUGCUGAGGAGAAAGAAGCAGCAGAGGAGAGGUGUAAGUAAGAGACUGCAAGUAAACAACCUGCAGUAGCUACAAGAGCCAUCUGUAGAUCAGGAAGACAAAAAGACGCUCCCGAGCCUUGGCGUCACUCAUCAGGAUUCCUUAAGGUCAGUUGUCAGCGGCAAAAUGGACUUCUUGUCAGCGUGGAUUGUGUCUCCUUCAGGACUACCCUUUCUCUGGCUCAUCUGGGGCACACAUGCCCAGCAGGCCUUCAGGUCUGAACCGAGGAACAUCAGUGUGCAGAUGGGAGCCACAGCUGUGUUGAGGUGUGAGGUGUUGCGGGCAUCAGGGACUGUGCAGUGGGUCAAAGACGGCCUCCUCUUGGGACCUGAGAGAAGCCUGCCAGGUUUUCCACGUUAUAGCGUGAUUGGAAACCCCAACAGAGGGCAGUAUCAUCUUCAGAUUGAAAAGGCCCAACUGGAAGACGACGCUUCCUAUGAAUGUCAAGCAGGACAGUCUGAGAGCAGCCGAGCAAUUGUUUCCAAUACAGCCUGGGUCAACGUGUUAAUUCCUCCAUCCAAAACAUACUUUGAGGUGGACAUGGCAACACCUUGGGUGGCGGGACAGAAGUACACGGUCGCAUGUGUUGCCACUGACGCAAAGCCUGGGGCUGAAAUCAGCCUUUAUAAAGACGGAGUCGAACUGACAGGUGGGGAAUCUUUCACCAUGUCUGGCUCAGAGGAUAAGCUCCUGAACACACAUGCUGAAGUAACAGUCACUGCUCUGAGCUCUGACAAUGGGAGGCAGCUGGCAUGUCAUGCCAAGAACUCCGCCCUUUUCCGGCCAAUGGAGACCACAUUGACCAUGGACGUGUACUUCCCACCUCAGCCUCCAGUUAUUGUGGGUCUGGAGAGAGAGGAAGUCAAAGCAGGGCGAAUACUGAGAUUGGAGUGUGUGUCUUAUGGUGGAAACCCCCUAGCCACUCUCCACUGGACCAAGAAUGGCAAAGUUCUGUCCACAAUUUGGGAAGAGGACAUUGACAUGCAAAAGUCCAGCAGUAUCCUCAACCUGAAGAUCACCCCUGCCGACAACCAGGCACUGCUGUGCUGUGAGAGCAUCAAUCUGGUGUCCCUACUGCCUCUGUCCAUCAGCCGCAAAAUCACUGUACUCUUCGAGCCUGCAGAGGUGAUCCUGUCAGGCUCAUUCACGGCCAUUGAAGGACAGCAGUUGGAUCUGAGUUGCUACGCCACCUCCAGUAAUCCCCCUGUCCAGAUUCGCUGGUGGCUGGGCUACAAGGAGCUCAACGCUACUGUUGCCACAGUGGAAGAGGGAGACAAUGGUGGGAUGACAACCAUAUCCAACAUGACCCACCAGGUCUCCAGGGAGGAGGAUGGGCUAGAGCUCACCUGUGAGGCUUUCAACCAGGGCACACACUUCUCCAAGACGCAGAUGACCAAAAUCAGUGUUUAUUAUCCCCCUCAAAAGGUCUGGAUCGAUGCUCCUACUCAAGAUGCCCCCUUCCAUGCAGGUAGCAAAGUCCAUCUCAUCUGCUUCUCAACUGGUGGGAAUCCUCUUGGGACCCUAACCUGGUUCAAGAAUGGAAAGAAAGUGGCUCAUGCACUGACACAGACCACCUUUGAUCGAGGUGUGGCUCGAGAAUUGGUCCUGGUCCUGAUGGCAAGUGACAACAUGGCCGUCUAUCGCUGUGAUGCCACAAAUGAGGCAAAGAAGACCAUCUCUUCCCACACUAAGCUCAUGGUUCACUUUACAGCAAUAAGUAUGAAGAUCACAACCACACAGGAGCAGCUUCGUCGGGGCCAGAUUCUAACUCUGGAGUGCCAGUCUGGAAGUAGUAACCCAAAAGCUGAUAUCAACUGGAGCUUGGGCCCACUCAGGUUCCAGGGAGUGGAGCAGCCACCCCAGAAGUCUUUCUAUGGUGGUGUUUCAGUGAGAAGUUUUUUAUCUCUGAACCUGAGUUCACACCAUCACAACCAGAGGGUCAUUUGCCAGGCCUAUAGUCCUGUGCUAGCUGAGGGUGUCAGCACAUUUUUCAAACUCAGUGUGCUUUACCCACCAGAGUUCAGCCCAGACCAGCCAACGCAGAUCCAGGUGGUGGAGGAUGACAUGGUAACCAUCCCACUGCUGCUCUCAGCUAACCCAGAGGAGGUCUCCUGCAUUUGGCUGCACCGCAGGGAGAAGCUGGUCAAAGAGGGGAAUCUACACUACCACUGGUCAGAUGAAUUCUCACUGGAGAUCAAGAAUGUGACAAGGAAAGAUGGCGGAGUUUACACCGUCGAGUGUACAAAUGAUGAGGGUGUCAACAAAACCUCCAUCACGCUGGACGUUCAGUAUGCUCCCAGUGUCAAGGCAGAGAAAGACCCAGUGUUUGUGAACCUCGGGGAAACAGCAGACCUGAUAUGUGUGGCAGAUGCCAAUCCUAUUAUAUCUGGCAUGUUCUCUUGGAAAUGGCUGGGAGAAGAGGAGGUGGCGAUAGAAGGGGAGACACAGCAAGACGAAUCAGGCCUUCUGACCAUUCAUAAUGUAACUCGGGCUCAUGCUGGUCUUUACCAGUGUACAGUCAAUAAUGGCAUAGCACCCCCUGCCAGUGUAGAUGUGCAGCUGGUAGUGCAGUUCAAACCAGAGAUACAGAAAGGAGCCCAGUGGAGGAAAGUAGCAAGUAGAGGGGAUGGCACCACUACAGCUGAGGUAGUGUGUCAGGCAGAGGGCAUUCCUCGUGUCAGCUUCUCCUGGGAAAAAAAUGGUCUACGCAUGGAUUUUGCAAACCCCAGGUAUGAAGAGCGGACCGUGAGGGAGGGCUCUUUCCACACCAGCACAGUUCGAGUAGUAAAUGUGAGUGCAGCUCUGGACUAUGCUGUCUUCAGCUGCACUGCUGGCAACGCACUUGGGGAAGACAAGCUAGACAUCCAGCUCAUCAGCACAAGUCACCCAGAUCCUCCUUCAUCAUUUCGCCAAGUAAGUGUUACCCAUGACUCAGUCACUCUGGACUGGAUCCCUGGCUUCAACGGUGGUUUGCAGCAAAGAUUUCGUAUAAGAUACCGUUGGGAUCAGUCAAUCAGUUUCCUGUAUAUGGACGUCUUUCCUCCCAGCGCAGCGAUCUUCACUGUCACUGGCCUGCAGCCUGUCACCACCUACAACUUCUCUGUCAAUGCUCUCAAUGCAAUGGGAGAGAGUGGCUAUGCUGACAACAAUGCAGUACUGACCAUCACCACCACGGCAAGGCCAGAAGUAGGAGCACCAACAGAUGAUGGCUCAGUCUCACAGAGUGCAGGAUUGCCAGCCUAUGUGACUGUAGUGCUCCCACUGGUGUUUGGAGUCCUGCUUGUAUUGAAUUCACUGGGCUGCUUCUUUGGACUGAGGUGGAAAAAGAGGCGAGGCCAGAUAGGGGGUAGAGGAGGCAGUUUGUUGGAUAGCAAGAAAAAUGAAGAGAAGGGGUCCAGACAGUCAACUGCAAACAACUCCAAUAAGUAUGAGAGCAGAGAAAGGAUAAACACCGCAGCCCAACGAACCCUCCUCAUCGACUCCGGAUCUGAAACUGACAGCAAUGUUUAUGAGACCUAUGCAGAGGAAAGUUCCCAUUAUUAUUACCCCACCGGUGACUACGUGCCGCCACUAAGCCCACACCCUGAGGAAACAUAUGUCACCCGCCUUCCUGUGGACUCUCACAGCCAUUGGUAUGAAGAUGUAAGGGACGGGGGUCUAUACCAGGACAUACUCGCUUCCUCUCUUCCUCCCCCUCAGCACUUGUUUGACUGCAGAUUUCCUCAUAUACAGAACGACUGGAGAUUAUCAGCCUACCCUCAGGGUUCUGACAGAGUGAGAGAGGUGGUGGAUGUUCAACGACCACAGCGAGAGUCUGAUCUUCCUUUUGAACAACGAGGAGAGUUAGUCUAAAAGCAGAAGGUCAGAGCAAACAAAUACGCCAUGACAGGGCUUUUGACUCAACAGUAAUCAUCGAGCAAAUAUUCAGUGUAAUAUUUAUUAUUUUAUUCUCUUUGAACAUUAAUCUCACAAGUCACUUUGAAUGAACCUGUCAAACGAGUAGAAUAGAGAUUCUCCUUAAUAUACUGUAGUUUUUCUCUUUCAAGUGUUUUGAAGUUUCAGUGUGUAUAGUGUGAACAUUGAAGGUUUUCCUCAAAGAACCGAGCUGACCUACAGCAAGAUGUGGCAAACUGAACAAGCUGAGCAGAGGCAAUAUGGGAUUGCUGAAUGACUUGAAAACAAAGCUUCAAUAACCUCAUACAAUUAAGAAAGUCGAAAUGAAGCUCAGUAUAUUUUUCUUUCUAGCACAGACAGGUUUUUAUCAGUUUUCUUCUCCCUCUGCAAUCAUACUCCAUCCUCCUCCUCCAUGGACCUCGCCUUGUUCGUCCACCUUUACCCUCUUUCUUAGAGCCAAGUUAUGGCCAUUUCCCACACCUCCACCUUUGCUUUGCCCUAGAGGUAGAUAGCAAUCAUUCAGUUAGAGGCAAAAAUGGACUGACAUCACUGUGGUUGGCACUGGGGCAGAAGCAGCUCAGAUUCAUAGUGCCAACCAAGCAGAUAUGAUCCUUUUAGCUGGAUCUGACAUCAAUGUUUGCCUACAUGUAUCCAGAAGAAAACCUCAUGACAACGGCCUGUCUCAUACAAAGAGUUUCAGACCUCACAGUUAGUCUGAGGGAAUCCCUGCAAUAGGAUAUUACUGACUGGCAUUUAGCAUGAAAAGCCAUAUCUAGAGCCAGACUGUAAUCCAGUUUUCUCUCGGAUUGAUGUUCAACUCACAACAUCAGUGAGAGAGAGAAACCAUACAGAGAAUUGGUCUCACUGAGCGUGGGCAGUUAAAGAGAGAUUAGGCUAAGCUGCAACUUUGGCUACUGCUAUGAAAAAUCUGCUGUCCUCUUCCUUUGGUCUUCACUUUUGUUCAGAUUGUUUUUCAGUGUAGUUCCCUGUAGGCUUGUACUUCAAAGCCUGUACAACAAAACCACAGCUGGUUUACGUAAGGCAGUAAAAUAAAAUUUAUUAUCAAACAAGACAAAAAAAUGAACAGAUUAUAUAACUUAUUAAAUAAAGCCAAUUACACUAUAUAACAAAAAAUAAGGAUGAUUUAGCAUCUGUGUGAAGUUUUAUAUAAGAAUAGCAAUUCUUUGAGCUACAUGCUAAUAUCAGUAGGCUAACAUGCUCAUAGUAACAAUGCUAACAUGCUGAUGUUUAACUGGUGUAAUGUUUGCCAUGUUCACCAUCUUAGUUUAGUUUAUUAGCAUGCUAACAUUUGCUGAUUAGCUCUAAACACAAAAUACAGCUCAUCUUGCAGGAGUCUGGUAAAAGUAUUGGAUAAAAAGUAUUAGACAAAUUCAAGGUGUGAUGGUGCUAAAAGCCAUGGGAUCACCGAAAUUGGUAUGAUUCAUUCUGAGACUGGCAUACAUGUUUGUGCAAAAUGUAAUAGAACAUUUUUUAAUGAGAGAUUUACCAACUCUGUUUCAUCAGGCAGGUCAUUCUAGAGCCUUAUGGUCUUGACUAUAUGUAUAUCUGACCAAUAAAAUGUGCAGUAAAUCUAGUGAUGAUAGAGGACUGAUAAUGUCAUUGACAUGCCAACGUGAAUACAUACAGUACAUAAUACACAAAUAGAUGGUAUUUUCUAGUGUUAAAAUAACAGGGUUUGUGCACUCUGUGUGGUUGUGUUCGUCUUUUUGUGUUUACUGUGCAGAGAUCAGAAACUUCCUCAAAGUUUUAGGUUCCUGCUGCUUUGGUGUACCCAAAAAUAGUGACUGGGCUCUUGUUAUAUCUGUGCUCAGACAGAGCCUUUUUUGCAAGGCACCCUGUUUCUGCUUCCAGAUUCUGUUUUUCCCCUCAAGCACGAUUUGUCACAUCUGUCUCAUGAGAACACAGAUAACUCAACAAAGACAACCCCUAGUCUGAUGAGAUGCAUAUUGUUCCUAAAUAAAAAAAUAAUAAUGCUUUUCUUUUCUUUUCUUUUUUUUUGUUUUUUUUAUAGAGAUGAUGUGGUCUGCUUCAUGAGUUUGCUAGACCAAGGUUCACAUAGCAUCUAUAUUGUGUUAAUACUUAAGGUUUUUAAAGGAAUUAGGUAUGAGAGGGAUGAUAAGUCCUGGUAAAAUAUUUACACAUUUGUCCAACCUACAAAAAUCUGCUUCCUGAUUGUCUGAAGAUAAAUCUCUCUGUUUGACUGAGCUGCAUUUCCUCAAUUAGUCUCACAAUUUUCCAUCAUAAGCUGUCAAGGUAUCUUUGUCUCAUUAUUGAACAAUUGUUUAAGGUCCUGUCAACCUCACUGCUGUGCUCACAACAAAGCCUGUUCAUGAUGCAUUCAUUUUGGCUCAGGCAGGAAGGAUAAUCUGCUAAACUGAAGCCUUGACAGCUCAAUACUGUGUGUCAGCUUCUAUUUUUCCUCACUUGCCUCAUGAAUGUUUUUGAUAUGUUGUGUUCUCAGGGGAGCGUGAACACAAGGGUUGCAUGAGCACACAAUAAAUCAAACGAGAAACAAAUGAGA